CUUGUUGUCCCGUCCAUUAGUUCCGACUUCAUUCUCACAGCGGAGACGAGCAGGAGCGCCAUGUCCCAUCCCGCCACCGCCAUGACCCGCAAGAACCUACAGAAACUGGCCGAGAGCCUCAGCCGCUCCGCCCGACACUUCACCAGGAAUGAAGUGGAAUGUCUCAUUCGACUUCACAACACAAUAGUGGGCCGGCCGAUCUAUCCGAACACCAGAGGAGGAAUAGACCGGAGCACCUUUAGGAAUAUCCUACACAACACAUUCACCAUUACGGAUGACAUGAUUAUGGACCGGGUGUUCCGUGCAUUCGAUAAAGACAACGACAGUUACAUCAGUGUGACAGAAUGGAUCGAAGGAUUAUCUGUGUUUCUGCGCGGGACAUUGGAUGAAAAAAUAAAAUAUUGUUUUGAAGUAUAUGAUCUGAACAGUGACGGGUACAUCUCUAGGGAGGAGAUGUUCCAGAUGUUGAAGAACAGUCUUCUCAAGCAGCCUACAGAGGAAGAUCCAGAUGAGGGUAUAAAGGACCUGGUGGAGAUAACCCUCAAGAAGAUGGAUCACGAUCACGAUAGCAAACUGUCUUACACAGAUUUUGAAAAAUCUGUCCUGGAGGAGAACCUGCUUCUGGAAGCCUUUGGAAUGUGUCUUCCUGACAGCAAGAGUAUCCUGGCUUUUGAGAGACGAGCGUUUGCAGAGCCAAGUGAAUCAUAGAUAUUAACCGUCAGCAAAUACAUCCAAAAAUCUCCACCAUACCACCAAUGUACAGAACUCUGGAGUGGACUUUGUCUGAGUCUUUAGAAGUCGUCGUGGAAGUUAAUGAUCAGUUCACCCUAAGUGGAUUUUUUUUUUAAUUGUGGGACACGCUGUAUUCCUAUAUUUUUUAGGGGUUCCUGCUGUGACAGCUCUGCCUGAGCUACUCAUCUGCAGUGGGAGUCAUCAGGACUCUCUUGCCCUGUUGGCCUUUCUUAAAGGGGUUGUAAAGGUAAACGUUUUUUCACCUUAUGACUGCUUUCACAUUGGGCAGCGGAGGUGCGGC